AAAAAUUAUAACAAAAUGUUGAAACUGCGCUUAUUUGUGAUAGUUAUUGUGGCCACCAUUAGUGUGUUAUUAAUGACACAAUCAGAGGCUGUUAAUGUCAGUCAGAUGGAAACUUUAAAAAAUCAAUUUUUACCAGCGGAAUAUAGAAAUACAAAUUUCACUUUUGAUGACCUGAAACGAGUUUUCAAAGAAAAAUGCAAAAAAGCUUCCGGUGUGGACAAUUCCACUUUGUACCAAGAAGUGGAAAAAGAGGCUCUUAAAUUUACCAAAUGCCUCUCGGGUAUAGCAAACUUAACUGCCCUGCAAGAAGAAAUCGAAAUUGCUCGUCCUAUUGGUGAAUUGGAUACCGUCUUCCACAAAUACUGUCUAAAAGCUCCAGAGGGUGAAAAGUGCUUUAGAGAAUUCAACACCGCUGUUCAGCCCUGUCUGAGCAAAGAUGAAAAAACUCAAAAUGCCAUAAUGGUGCGUAUUUUCACCGGCCUAUUGGGUUUCAUGUGUGCCCGAGGUGGUGAUCAAAUUGCUUUGUUUGUGGCCGAAGAGGGACCCGAAUGUUUUGAGGCUAACAAGGAAGCUAUUACCCACUGUGCCAAUAAAUCGUUUACUGAGUUUGUUCCCAAGGAUGGUUCGGUUCCAGAUUUAUUCAAUCUACCCGAUUUUGUGGUUGAACCUGAGCACUGCAUUGAUUUGGUUAAAUUUGAGAGCUGCACCUUGCAUCAUUUGGAACAGUGCCAGGAAAUUACGCCCGCCAAUGUGGCCGAAUCUGUUUUCAAAUUCAUUAAAAAUGAGACCAGCUGCAAAAGUUGGUUGGACAACAAGGCCAGCGAAAGAUCAAUUUUGAAAGAUCCCAAAAAGGGUUCAGCUUCUUCUCUAGCACAAAUAAGCAUUUUAUGUUGUUUAAUGGCUUCAUUUGUAAGCCUAUUUGUGAGAUAUUUUGUUUGAACAGAGACUAGUUUUUAAAUUUUGUUAAUUGUGAUUUUAUCUGUUAGAGAUUUCUUUAUUUUGUUUUUUUUCCUUAGUCUGUAAUAUUUAUUUAUAUUUUCUUAGUACAAGUAUGUAUAAAUAAAAGAAAUGUUUAACAAAAUU